AUGGGUGCCCUCAAGUACGUGGAAGAAAUCCAGAAGAAGAAGCAGUCCGAUGUGGUCCGCUUCCUUCUCCGUGUCCGUUGCUGGGAGCUCCGUCAGCUGAACGCUAUCCACCGUGCUUCCCGUCCUUCUCGCCCCGAUAAGGCUCGUCGUCUCGGAUACAAGGCCAAGCAGGGUUAUGUUGUCUACCGUAUCCGUGUGAGACGCGGUGGCCGUAAGAGGCCCGCACCCAAGGGUGCCACCUACGGCAAGCCCACCAACCAGGGUAUCAACCAGCUCAAGUACCAGCGUGCUCUCCGUGCUACCGCUGAGGAGCGUGUUGGCCGCCGUUGCGCCAACUUGCGUGUCCUGAACUCCUACUGGAUCAACCAGGACUCCACCUACAAGUACUUCGAGGUUAUCCUUGUCGACCCCCAGCACAAGGCCAUCCGCCGUGAUGCUCGCAUCAACUGGAUCUGCAACGCUGUCCACAAGCACCGCGAGGCCCGUGGUCUUACCGCCACUGGCAAGAAGUCCCGUGGUAUCAACAAGGGCCACCGCUACAACAACACCAAGGCUGGCCGCCGCCACACCUGGAAGCUCCACAACACCCAGAGCUACUGGAGAUACCGUUAA